CACAUCCGUUCCAGCAGUUUGUAAACAGAGCGAAAGGAGAGAUGGAGUCGACAAGAGGUCUCACCUAAAACAUUAUAUAAUCAAUGAAGAACUUCUGUCAUUCAUAGAUAAAUAGCUAAAUAUAUUUUAUUUUACAUAUGCCGUCGAAUGUUUGUUUUCUAAAUUUAAGAGUAAUUUAAAGGAUUAUAAUAAUUCAACGGUCCUACAGUAGCAUUUGUGGUUUUGUGAAUCGGCGUGUUGGUCAGCGGAGUGCUUUUACAAACCAAAAACAAGGAGAAAACAGACUAUUCCAGCGCCGAGUCCGAUCUGUAGUGUCCGUCUGGGCUGGCAAACCGGGAGUGUGGCCUGUGUGGAAUCGUCCUCCGUAUUUGGUUCGGUUCGAUGGGGAACUGUCUAUCCUCGCAGGGCGCCGAUGACUUGUCUCUGCUAAACGAGUCAGAGGGAGCCAGUCUACCAGGGGAGCCUCCGCCGCCUUACCAGGAGCGAGCCCAGGUGCCAGUGUACCAUCCUACGCCCAGUCAGACUCGGCUGGCUACCCAGCUGACAGAAGAGGAACAGAUCCGCAUAGCCCAGAGGAUCGGGCUCAUCCAGCACCUGCCCCGUGGCAUCUUCGACCCUGGCUCCGAGCCGUCUGACAAGAAAGUCAAGGAGUGUGUGAUCUGCAUGAUGGACUUCGAGUAUGGAGACCCCAUCCGGUUCCUGCCGUGCCUGCACAUCUACCACGUAGACUGCAUCGAUGCCUGGCUCAUGCGCUCGUUCACCUGCCCCUCCUGCAUGGAGCCAGUGGACGCUGCCCUGCUUUCCUCAUACGAGACUAACUGAGCCAACGCCACCCUUUAGUUACCACAUCCCCUGAAAUCACACUAAUCAAGCUGUCUAGGGGUGGUGGGACUGAUGCAUGGAGGGAGGGGCUGAGCAGUGGGAGAGUGUAUGUGUUUGUGUGCGUGUGUUUGGGGAUGGAGCAUGCCAAGAGCCUUGGGGGGGAGGGGGGUGCAGAAUAGGAAGGGGAUGAUCAGACGAAGCUGAAGGGAUGCGUCUUUUGCUCGAAAGCCAAAGACCUGGCUUGCACUUCCUACACCGAGUCAUCAGUGAAGGAUGAAGUAACUAAAAACAUGUGAAAGCAUUUGGCCUAUGUGAACACACAUUACCAAUAAGUAUUGGUGGAGAGUGGGGUGUAUUUAUCGGUUCAGUUCAUGUGCCUGAUUUUUAUUUUAUUAUUUUGCUCGCACUCUACCAUCAAGACCAAAGGUGCAAUGAGUAACAUAUAUGAAUAUGAAGCUGUGCUAUGUUCUGAUUGGUCAAAGGGUGAAUUUUUGCCUACAUAUUGAUUUCUAAGACUGACUACAACAGCUAGUAGCUUGUUGAAGGAAACUGUUGGGACAGGGGUGGUAAUCAGCAAAGAGAUCUCAAUUGCACAGAGCCCCAUUCUAGAAUGCAAUCUGAAUGAUUUUGAAUCUUUUAUCCAAAAAGUGCAUUCAUGCUUAUGAAGAUUUUGGACAACAUGUCAUGCCAUCUAAUUUCUAUUUAUUUUUUUUGUGUGUGUUACAGUCAUCCUUGUGAUUUAAUUUGAGGUUCUAUCAUUGUUUCAGUGGGGUGGGAGGGGUCAGUUUAUUUGUUGUCCCAAAAGCUGCUGUUUAUUGUUUAUUCGUUUAGCCUUUAUAUAUAUGUACAUGUAUUUCCACGUUCCUAAGGAGCUUUGCCUUGGACUUGUGCUCUAUGCCAUUGAAGCUAUGUAUGGAAUUGUGUUUCUGUUGAUGUCAAUGCCCUUUUCAAAGCAAACAUGAUGUGCAAUCCAGACUGUGCACACAUCCUUAUCUCUCUAGCCAUUCUCUAGCUCUCCUUUACAAGUUUAUUCUGAUUAAUGUUUCCUCCUUCGGCCAACCUUGCAUUUUGCUGCUUGUACGAUCUGUGAAAAGAAUGAAAUAACAUUAAAGAUAACUUUCAUCAAUCUGUAGUCAGGUCUGAGAUAAAGUGGGGACAAUGGUUUGAACUAAAUGUCAGAGAAAUGAAAUAACAUUUUUUCUGUCAUAUUCACCUAUUCAAUUUCAGCAAAUCUUGUAACCAUAAAUAUUUUGGAGCUUUCUGACUCAUAGGGCAACUGAUACAUGCAAUCACUGGGGAAAUAUGACGUCUUAGAAUUAUUUGGGCCAAAAGUGGCUGUUGCAAUAAUUUCUAAACAAAGGACAAGUCAAUAUGCAUAUAGGCUUGUGAAUGGCUAGAGAGAAGGGAAACGAUUAAGCAUGGUCUGUGGUUAUAAAACGUUCUGUGAAAUACAAUCAUCUCUUAUACGUGAUUAAUAGUGUCAUUCUUAUUUUAUUUUUUGCUAAAGAUUGACCUUGACACUGAGCCAACCAAGGUUUGCCAGGGUUUAUCUACUGGCAAGAGUUUGUAUGGUGAACAGGCGAGAGUCAGAAAUUCCUGGCUGCUAUUACUACUUUAUUGAUUUUUCUUUUUGUUUUAUUUAGGUGUGUGCAAUAAUGGCACGGCUUUUAGGAAACAAUGUACAGACCACAAUAAAGGUGGAUGCCAAAUGA